AAAAAAACAAGAAGAAUGAACAAACAAUAUUCAAACAUGAAAAGACAAGGCCAUAUUUUAACAUUCAAAUGGAAAUUACCUGUAUUUGCAUAUGGUCUAAGUUGAUCCUGUCCCCAUUAUCCAGCAAAAAAAUAAACUUUCAAGAACCCCAUUUCUUUUAUAGAAAAAAGAAAGGUAAAAAGAUUUCAAUUUUGGGAUUUUCAAGAAUAAGGUAAAGACUCAAUUUUGGAUUUUUCAAGAAUCUGAUGAGUAUAGCCAAGGGUUGAAGUAGUUGUAAAUCUUGAUUCUUUAAAGAAGGAUUUGUUCUUUGAAGAUGGUUUUCAGAAGAAUUCUUGUUUUGAUGAUGGGAUGUCUGGGAUGUGCUGAUCAGACGACAGAACAAAAUGCUAAUAAUAAUAUGGAAUCCAAGUCAUCAGUUGUAGAUGAAUCUGCUAUUACUACUCUUAGAGUCAGACUUAAUGAUGGGAGGUACCUGGCUUAUAGAGAAAGAGGAGUACCUAAGAACAAGUCCAAAUACAGCAUCAUUCUUGUUCAUGGAUUUGGCAGCUCCAAAGAAAUGAACUUUAUGGCUUCUGAUGAACUCCUGGAUGGAAUGGAGAUAUACCUCCUGAUAUACGACAGAGCUGGAUACGGAGAGAGUGAUCCAAAUCCAAAACGAUCCGUUAAAAGUGAAGCAUCUGAUAUCGAAGAGUUAGCUGAUCAAUUGCAAUUAGGAUCUAAGUAUUAUGUUAUUGGCGUGUCGUUGGGAUGUUACCCUGCUUGGAGCUGCAUCAAACGCAUUCCUCAAAAGCUUGGAGGAGUGGCAUUAAUAGUCCCGUUUAUCAAUUACAAAUGGCGCUCGCUACCUGAUGAUCUCACGAAGGAUGAUUACCGGAAACAACUCUGCCGACUUAUGCUUUUGCUCACAUGCUAUACUCCGGGGCUAUUACAUUGGUGGUUCACUCAAAAAAUGUUCCCAUCAGCUACUGUUCUUGAAGGAAAUCCUAAAUUUUUUUGUGACAAAGACUUGGCCGUCUUGAAGAAUACAGACGGAUAUCAAUUGUUCACUCAGGACGGGAUAAGGAAACGAAGGGUAUUUGACUCCCUUCGUCGUGAUUUUAUUGUGGCGUUUAGCAAGUGGGAUUUUGAUCCGCUGGAGCUAAGUAACCCAUAUCCACAAAACGAAAGCUCUGUUCACAUAUGGCAAGGUUAUGAGGACAAGGUUGUGCCCGUUCACUUACAAAGACACGUCUCGCAAACGCUCCCUUGGAUUCGGUAUCAUGAAGUUCCUGAUGGUGGCCAUUUGCUUGUGUAUGAUACUGCUGUGUGUGAAGCUGUCUUGAAAUCACUUUUGCUUGGAGAAGAUCCUCCAUUGUACAGGCCUAAAUUAGGUGUUUGAGUCUAAGUUGCGCGGACUCUUCACUUUCGUUGCCGCACUCGUGUUGGACUCUCAAAAAACACAGUACUUUUGGAGAAUCCGACUCGCACCCAUUGACAUAUUUGAAGAGUCCAAACAACAUAGGUUUGAGUAUUAGUUCAUUCAUUGUACCCAAAGAUGACCCUUGUAAGUUACUCCACCUGUAUCAAUUUGUUUGUAUUACUUUCUUUUAUAGUCUGUAUAAAACGUAGUCUCUUUCCUUUUUGGGCGACUCGGUAAUUUCAAUUUUUUUACAUGGCAUGUUUAAGGUAA